GGGCGGGGGCGGGUCGGGGUAGGAACCUCUGUCCGGGGUCUGGCGGCUCCGGGGACAGGUUUGGCGGCGGCUCCGGUGCUGAUGGAGCGGUUUCGGGUCCGACACAUUGUUCAGUUCUUGCAACAAAAUGCUUUUUGCAGAUUGCUCCGUGCCAUGAAUCCCUCACACAGCAUCCCUGUGCGGAGUAAUUCUAACAGAACAUCAGUGGUGCGUCAUGGAAGGCAAGCCUAUGGCAGGCUGUAUCCUGUUCUGCUGGUUCAACCUGACGGAUCCACUAUCAAUAUUCUAUACAAGGAACCGAAAAGAAUUCUAUAUAUGCCAGUGGACAUUUCCCUCCUUUCGGAGGACGAGAGGAAAGUCCGGAUGCGCAGGCGAGAAGCCAAGAAAACAAAACACAAGGAGGAGGAAUUCGAGGAAGAGGAGUUUAAAAUGGAUGAUUACAGCAAAUUCUGGAAGAAAAAGUAAUUUAGAAAUGUAGGAUUGUGAACAUUAACCGCUAAAGGUGCCAGCAAAGCCACUUCUCUUCAUUUGGCAGGUGGACAGUUUGUCUCUAUUUCACGUUGUGUAACAAGUACAAAUCACAAUAAAUUAAUGGAGCAGUUUUACGCAA